AUCUUCCUCGACAACCAGGCUGCAGUCCGUGCCCUAGCCUUCCCUGCGCAACGCAAAUCCGGGCAACACAUUCUACUCACCAUACUCCGAGCAUACGAAGACCUACUACCCAUGCACCUCCACCUCAGACUCCACUUUGAAUGGAUACCCGGCCAUCGUGACAUACCGGGAAAUGAAAAGGCUGAUCACCUUGCCAAAGCGGCCACCAAACCCAACCCCCGCAACACA